CCCAGUUUUCCUCAGGUGUCUCUCCGUCAUGGACCUCUCGCAAGGCUUUGAGAUGCGCUCCUCCUUGCAGACGCGACAGGACACAGAUCUCGAUAAAACGCUGCGGAAGUUGCGCGCUAAAACAUACCCUCAGUACGCUGUCUAUUUACUAGUCUGUACCAUCUUCGUUGCCGCUCUCUGUAAUGCCGCGUCCAUCCUAUACAAUUAUCUUUCCCUUCGGGCGGGUAUGAGAGGUAGACGGUUAGGAGAUAACGGCGAUAGGGACACCGAAGCUGCCCCGGCAAUAUCUAGACGGCGUAUUGGUGGCAUUUCUCUGAGACGUAUGCCGUUGGCGGCUGUGAAUGCAGUACGCAUAGUAGCGUUCAGGGUGUCUCUCCCAGUAGCGCCGAAUGUCCGAAUUCCACUUUUCGAGGUCUUCGUCUGCCUUGCCCACCUCCUUGCGAUCCUCCUAUUUGAGUUUGUGAACUCAUGGAAUCUAGCAGAUAUGCUAGAUAUUACUUAUUGGGCUAAUCGUGCGGCAGACUUGGCUGUCAGCCAACUUGCCUUCAUUCUCGCACUUUCUGGAAAGAAUAAUAUUAUUUCAUUGCUCACUGGGAUAAGUUACGAGAAACUGAACAUUUUCCAUCGCUCAGCUUCGCGAGUGGUCCUUCUUCUCAUAUGGACUCAUAUGUGGGCUCGUUGGAAGCUAGGCCUCACUGGGGAUGAUUCCAUGAAAUUUGUGUGGUUACACUGCGGUAUUGCGGCAAAUACUUGUCUCACACUUCUGGUUAUUCUGGGGACGCGGCAACUCCGAGACCGGAACUAUGAAUUCUUCCUCGCCGUGCAUAUCGUACUCUCUGUUGUAUUCCUUAUCGCAGCAUCCAUACAUGUUACGAACGACAGAAAGUUCCUUCCUUAUGUGUGGUCAGCAUGCAUUAUCUGGGGCCUCGAUCGUUUCCUGCGCCUUGUACGCGUACUCCGCAUUCGCUACCUCAAUUCGAAGUGCAAGGGGAGCCAUGCACAAGCAACUAUCAAAGCUUUGUCUUCAGACACAGUAGCUGUGUCUAUGCGUAUUGUGCAGCCUAGCUGUUCUCUAUUCAAGUUUGGUUGGCGUCCUGGACAGAGUGCUUAUCUUACCGUCCCAGCUGUUACCCCUUGGUCAUGGGGUGUGUCGAUUGAAGCCCAUCCGUUUACGAUUGCUUCAAUUGACGAGACGGUGGAACGUGAUGGGGGCGAAGAAGACGAACUGGAGAUGAAGUUCAUCAUUCGUGUACGCGAUGGAUUUACGAGGAGGUUGCAUGGGUUCGCGGUUAGUGCGGGUGGUUCGUGUGCUGUAUCGGCGUUUGUGGAUGGGCCGUACGGUGACCCCCCCAAUGUGUAUUUCUAUCCGAAUGUUGUUCUUGUUGCAGGAGGCUCGGGUGUAUCAUUCACGUUGCCUCUCCUUCUCGAUCUUGUCAGGCGUGCUCGGAAGGAAACCCCGGAUACGCUGUGCAAGAAGGUCAAGUUCGUUUGGUACAUUCGCGAGAGAAUCCACUACGAGUCGAUGAAAGCAGAGUUCGACGCGAUUCAAGCGAACCUCCCGGCUAAUCUUGAGGUCGAGAUCAACGUCUUCGUUACAGGGAACACAGACGACAGCCUAGGGGUUGGUGUUGCAUCACUCGGACAUUGCGCUGAGAAAAUGACUCCGGGAGACGUUCAUCACGAAUUGGAGGAUAGCACUGAUAGCUCAAAGGAAAAGCUGGAGUUGGAGUUACCUGUAGCCGAGGAUGAAAAGGAUGAGAAGUCAGCUGGUUCUGGGACCGGUAAUGCUAAUAACAACAAAAUUGUGCAUUUGGAAUAUGGAAGGCCUGUUAUUGCGAAGACUUUGGAGGAGGAGGUUAUAGUUUGUGAGGACUCGGUUGCUGUCUGUGUAUCUGGACCACAGACGUUGAUUGACGAUGUUCGGGGUGCGUUGGCGAAGAGAAGCGUAGCAGGCCCAAUGAACGUCUUACGUGGAGGAGCGAGCGUGUUCCUGCAUGUUGAGCAUUUUGGCAUGUAGAGACGGGGCUAAACCGUAAACGUCACGGUGCCUCCUUCUCUCUGCUUGAGACUCAGAGUGUUGAAAAUGCAAUAGUAAAUUUAGACUUUUUGUUUUUCGUUGAUCGUGUAUAAUACAUUUGAUAUGCAUACAUGUAUGAAGUGUUUUUACUUCUCCUUCUUCUUCUCUGAAUUGGAUAUUGGAUAUUUGGAUGUUGGUUUUUGGUACCUG